UAAAGGUACCUUAAGAUUGUAUGGCGAUUAACGAAAAUUAAAUUAUAUCGAUCGUUAAUGAUAAUAUUUGAUAUUUGAUGUAGGAGUCAACGAACAAAUGUGUUAAUCGUUAAUCGUUAAUCGUUAAUAAUAAAAUGCAGUUCCAUUCCGAAGGUGGAUUAGAGUUAUUAUCGAGAUUCAGGGAAAAACGACGUUCGGUUAACCUUGACCGGACUAUAUUCUCCAGUGAGAUCGACGACCGAAGCGUCGUAGAGAUCGUCGGAGCCUCGUCCACCGGAAAGACCUUGCUAUUGUGUCAAUUUAUAGCAAAGUGCAUAUUGCCCGUGUGGUAUAAAGGAAUUAAGAUCGAUGGAUGCAACUCCUGUGCGAUAUUGAUCGAUACAUUCGGUCAGGUCCAGAUGAGAAAACUUGCUGCACUCAUGACCAUCAUGAUACACACCGCGUACCAAACCGCUGGUGUGCAGCUACCGGUCGAGACGGUAGACCUAAUUGUGAAUAAGUCUCUGGAAAACUUGACAGUAAUCGAUUGUUGCAACAACGAUCAGUUACACCUGUCUCUACAUGCGCUUGAGGACGAGCUUCUUAGCGAUGAAAGAAUUGCUCUGCUAGCUAUAGAUAAUAUAUUGGCGUACUAUUGGCAAAUGAGGAGAGAGAAAGGUAUAUUCGGUAUGGAUCAAUAUGCAAAGAGCUUGGUGAGAAUUAUUCGAGCUCGGAUAUCUCAGUUUUGCGAUAUGACAGUUUACACAAGAUGGGAUGAAUCGAUGUCCCAAAAUGAAAUGCCUGUAACUAGUCUAAAUAGCCCUAAACGCACCGAUCUAUUAGAGGAAACGGGUGUAAAUUACAGGCUACAACUUCGUAAAAGUUUUGUAGUUCGUGAAUUUAUAUGCCAUGUACAAUCUAUAAAUGAUACAAAACAGAUUCGUUAUACGAUCUCUGAUUCUGGUAUAAAAUGGAUUCUUUGAUAAUAUAUCAAAAGUGAAACUACAUUUUUUAUUAAUAAUCGAUUGAUGAGAGGAGAAAUUUGUCCACUAUGUCUAAUGGAUUUAACAAUCUCGAACCUGCUAAUGUUAUUUGGCAAUUUGGAUUGAGUAACGAUAUAUUUUCUUUAGCUUCUCUUACUUCUUCCGGUGUCACACCUCCGAUAAUGUAAAUGAUAACCCAAUCAUUGUCACAUGGAUGAUGUUUCACUCUUCCUUUGGAAAAUAAACUGUAAAUGUAAAUAUCAAA